UCCUCUGUCUUUCCUUCCACGAAUUUUUUCCGCCACGCUCACAUCCGUCGGAGGGUGCGCCAUUUUUUCUUCCUUGUGUUUUGCAUUUCCCUCUCCCUCCUCGUCUCCCUCACCCUCCUUCCUUCGGUCUCUUGUCUUCUGAAUCAGCCAGCCUGCGGCACUCCCGAUGAAUCAGCGUCCCUACCCUCCUACUCCUCCGUCGCGUUCAGUCUCGUCAGGGCCGCAGCUAGGGAGGAUCUCCCGCGGAUGAAAUUAGGGGAGGACUAACUCCUUUGAGGAAUCACGCUUUGAAGUGGCUUGCCGGCCGGCUGCCCGCCAGGGAAAGUAAUCUGGUUUACAGAGGGCGAUCCUUCGGUUUACGUUACAGGCGAAAUCGAGACGCGCCACCGGAAAAUGACGUUAGUCGCUCUGGAGCAGCAGACCUUUAGUUAAAAACCCGCCGCCUCUCGUGCGCUCCUUUCAGCUCCGGCUGUACAAAGCCAACUUUAACCGCUUAUUUUUCCGAUCACGCGAAAAUUACAAUAGUCUACCCGCAACUUUUCGAAUACAAAUUCUGUUUAUAAAACUCCUGAUAAUCUCAUCGUGAAAAGAUAUUCGACUCACAGAAUUCUUACUUGUAAUCAAAUUGAUGAGUAAACGUUGGGAUCUCGCUGCCAUCGAGGCAUCGCGCGUAUUUGUUCUCGCAACUAUUAUAUGUAUCGUUAUUGUAUUGCGGUGUUUGCUUAAAAAAUUAAAUCAACCGCAUAGCCCGCCGUGCGUAUGUACGUGGAGGGAGGAAGUGAACGCAAGCGAGCGAUGCAGCACUCGUUUCGCGGUAUAACGCUGAAUUAUUAAAAUCGAAAUUGUAUUUGCAUGCAGUGCAGCGCGCACGAUAUCGACGGGGCAUAUUUAACGAGCGUGACAUUAAACCCGCACGUUCCCGAAUUAUACCUCGAUAUUGGCAAGAAUAUUAUCCUGAUUUUAUUUCUCGUGCUGAGUAAUAUCGGAUAAAAUCUAUAAUAAAAUCGACUGAACUCCGCUCUCAACGUGAACGUUAUUGCAUAACGAUUAUAUUAUCGGAGAAAUUAUUUUGAAAGAAGUUAAAUGGUAAUCAAGUCCUCAAGAUAAUUAUUGAAAUAAUAACUUCAAUGCAGCUCGCAUAACGUUAAUUUAUGGCCAAGUGGGAUGUGAGGAAGGUGCUCGAGGACGAAGAUGAAGUCGAAGUCCCCGACGGAGCGGCCCAGACUGAGACGGAGCGAGAGUUACGGUACGAAGCGCCGCUACAGCAGUUAACGUGCAUACAACAAACCGGUUACUUCUUCAAACUUUACUGGCGAAUCAUUUUCGCCCUCUUUUGGGCUUUGUUCCUGUCGCUUUUUGUCGUAAUGUACAAUUAUCCGGAGGUCAGGUGCGCCUACAUCGUGCUACUAAUGGGCGGUUACUGGGUGACCGAGUGUAUGCCGAUCGCGAUCACGUCCUUGAUACCGGUGGUUCUGUUCCCGGUGUUCGGUAUCCUCAGCACUCACGAGACGUGCGUGUGCUACAUGAAUGAUACCAUCAUGGUGUUCAUCGGCGGCCUGAUCCUCGCGAUCGCCACCGAGCACUGCAAUCUGCACCUGCGGAUUGCCCUGGUUGUGAUGAAGACGCUCGGCUGCAGCCACGCAAAGUUGCUCGGCGGCCUUUGCACUGUCACCACUUUUAUAUCCAUGUGGAUUGCGAACGCGGCGACCACCGCGAUGAUGGUGCCCAUCGUCUUCGCCGUCCUCCACGAGUUGGAGAGGCAAGGACUCGGAAAAGUGUUCAAUAUAAAAGUGGACCCAGAGAAUCCGCAAGCUGAACGAGAUAUAGAACCAACGAACGUGACAAAAGCUUAUUUAUUCGCGGUGGCGUACGCAUCGACCUUCGGAGGCACCGGGACGAUCGUCGGCACCCCUACAAAUCUUGUCUUUAAGGGUAUUUAUGAGUACAACUUCCCUGACGCCGAGCCAAUUACCUUCGGCAACUGGAUAGUCGCUUCGGUACCGCAGAUGGCCGCAAACUCUUUUAUCCUGUGGCUAUACCUGCGAGUCGCUUAUUUGGGAUACCUCAGACCACGCAGCAAGGAUGCUGAGCUGGCGAGGAUCGGCACGGAAGGCGAAGCAAUCGCAAAUCAAGUAAUAAGGCAGAAUCUAAAAAAUCUAGGCCCCAUGUCGUUUCACGAAAUCACCGUUGCAACGCUAUUUCUUUUUUGCAUAUUCCUGUGGGUGUUUAGAGAUCCCGGAUUUGUGCUCGGAUGGUCAAAAGCUUUGACGGACGUAUACUUGGGCGACUCGACGCCUGUGAUCUUCGCGUGCGUCUUGAUGUUUUUUAUCCCGAAGGAGCCGGUAUUCUUGCGCUUCUGCAGUAGAGAUCCAUCUAAACGGCCGAGGCAAUCAUCCGAAGGCCUGAUCACUUGGAAGGUCAUCCGAAUGAAGAUGCCGUGGAGGCUGGUGUUCCUGUUGGGCAGCGGUUUCGCCAUCUCGAAGGGCAGCAACGUCUCAGGACUCGCCAUGCGAGUAGGAAUGACUCUGGUACCCCUAAAAGAGCUGCCUCCCACAUUAAUGUUAGCCGUCGUCCUCCUAUUCGUCGGCACGCUGACAGAGUUCACGUCGAACGUUGGCACGGCCAACAUAAUUCUGCCCGUCGUCGCUCACAUGUGCGUGGCGAUGAAGGUUCACCCGUUAUACCUGAUGAUGCCAGUGACUCUGACGUGCUCGUAUGCGUUUAGAAUGCCAGUCGCAACGCCACCGAACGCGAUCAUAACCGUCGCAGGACACCUGCCAACUCGGAUGCUGUUAGUGGCCGGAUGCUUUCCUGCAAUGUACAGUCUGAUAGUGCAAGUUAUCUUGUUCCCCACGUGGGGAACCUUCAUCUACGGCAUCGGCGAGUUUCCGGACUGGCAGCAUGAACCCAUCGACUACCUGAGACUGACGGGACGUUUUCUCAAGAUAUACUGGAAGAUCAUCUUCGCAAUCUUCUGGGCGCUCUUCCUGUUACCCUUCCUCAUAGUCUACGACUGCCCGGAGGUCAGAUGCGCGUACGUGGUGCUGAUGAUGGCCGGCUACUGGGUGACCGACGCCUUUCCCAUGGCGGUGACAUCCCUGAUCCCGGUCGUGAUGUUCCCUGCCUUGGGUAUACUCAGCACGGCGGACACGUGUGCCUGUUACAUGAAUGACACCAUAAUGGUGUUCAUCGGCGGUCUGGUCCUCGCUAUCGCCAUCGAGCACAGCAAUCUGCACCUGAGGAUCGCCCUCGGGGUCAUGAAGACUGUCGGCUGCAGCCACGCGAAACUGCUCGGCGGUCUGUGCGUGGUGACGACUUUCAUAUCCAUGUGGGUGUCAAAUACCGCCGCCACUGCCAUGAUGGUGCCCAUCAUAUUCGCCGUUCUGCGCGAAUUGGAAGGGGUAUCGAUGAAUAUUUUUCUAAUUUGUAAUUUAAUAUUUGACGAUACUUAAUAUGAUGC